AUGAAUGAGGCGAAGAGCAAGGAAAAAAAAAAAGAAAAAAAGACUCACCUGAAAACGUCGUUCUCCUGUGGAUGGCUCGACGUAUUUCACACCGCGGAAGGCUCAGGUUCCGGAUACUUCUUCGGUAGCGCGUUGAUUUCCGCCCAGGCAUUAAAACGCGCCCAAUCAGCCGGCGUCGCUAGCCAUCCUUUCAAUUUACGCCUAACUCUUCUAAAAGUUACCAACGUCGGAGAGAUUGGAAUUUUCAUUUACUCGACGGAAACAAUUACGCUUACUUUGCCUUUAGUUUCGACACGAAGCGAUAGCGUUAAAAUCAGUUAUCAAAACUCAUCGUAACAAACGAAACAGUUAUUGGUGCGCUCCUAGAAGAGUAAAAAGCACAGUUGUUGCGGGAAAUAUCGACAGUUCGUUGAUAGAAAAUAAAACAUUGAAGAAAGGGCAUCGCAAGAAAAAACGAAAAAGCGCAAAAAACCUAAGACGUAUCGACAUCUUAGCGCAACCUAAAUCUGUGAAUCAUAAAUCGGGAUAUAGAAAUCAUUUUUCUAAUGUGAGCAAACCUACUCGAAGAUAUAAAAUUCCUAAAACAUCUAUUUCGUCGAGUCGAAAGAGUAAAACUUUCAAGAUAAAGAGAUUUAAAGAAUCACGCGAAUUGUCAAUGAACACAUUAAAGGAUUGUGCACCGGUAAUGUUACCUAAGAAGCUAGGUGUCCGAUUAUUUGCUUUAGGUUUUUAUCUGUAUUUCUAAUAAUAAUUUUAUUUCUUAAUUCUUUCAUUGCCAAACUGACUAAUAUAAGAUUAAUUUUUCGUUUAUUUAUGAUAGUCAAAAAGAAACUGAAAGAAUUAACAAAUGCUAAAGGCCUGUAA